UGUAGCUUCCCUUUUUUGCAAGCAAUACUUCUUCAUCUUUAAAACCUUCUCUUGGAUGACAGGCAAGCUAGCACAACUCCUCUUGAAACUCUAGGAAUGCAGAUUCUUCAAGCAAUAAAAUCAUCUUGUGGUUGCUGAGGAUUCAAGUCCAUAUGAUGCUUUCACAAGGGUCAAAGUCAGAGGAGGACUAAUUUGUGAUCAUCCUGUCCAUUAGUCCUGAGCUUAUAGUGGCAACAGGGAAAGACAUAGAUGGAGACAUCAUCAUACUUUACUUUCCUGGACAGUCCUAGUUUAAUUCCUAAAUUUCCCAUUGAUACAAGCAACACUGGAUGUUGCCUGAAACCUAUCAACUGACCAUCAGUGAUCUGGUCUGACCUCGUGUGUGUUAAAUGCCAAGGAACUUUCCAGAAUUAGUCUGUGCUUCAAGCCCAGUAGACGUGGGUGAAGUAGAGCACCUCUCUUAGGAAAACGUACAAUCUUGAUUUCAAAAUUUCCAGUGAUGACGAACCUAUCACAGCCUUUGGUCAUUGAUCAAAAAAUACUGAAUUUUCUAGGGCCAAAAUUCAGCCUCUGGGGCACCCCUGUGAAUGCUGACUGGGGGGCCGCUCAGUGGGACCUACAGGCUGCGCCAGAUUCACUUCCACUGGGGCUCCAAUGACGAAGCUGGCUCUGAGCACGCGGUGGAUGGGAUGAAGUAUGCGGCAGAGCUCCAUGUGGUCCACUGGAACUCAGAAAAGUAUUCCAGUUUUGUUGAGGCAGCUCGUCAGUCAGAUGGGUUAGCGGUCAUGGCUGUAUUUCUGAAGAUUGGUGAAUGCAACCCUCAGCUGAAGAAGAUUACUGACCGCUUGGACACCAUCAGAAUCAAGGGUAAAAAAGCGCUAUUCACAAACUUUGAUCCCAGCUGUCUACUUCCCAAGUCCCUUGACUACUGGACUUACUUUGGCUCUCUCACUGUUCCACCUCUUCUUGAGAGUGUCAUCUGGAUUGUUCUGAGAGAGCCCAUAAGUGUUUGUUCUGAACAGCUAGCCAAGUUCCGCAGCCUGCUGAGCACUGCUGAAGAUGAGGUCGCCUGCUGCUUGCUGAGAAACUACCGGCCUCCCCAGCCCUUAAAGGGACGAGAAGUCAGAAGGAAUUAAAGGAGUGAAGUCAGUCUCCCUCUGAAACCAAAGGCUGAAUUAUUUUAAUAGUUAACAUACUUUGUGAUUUUAUUUUUGUUGUUGCUGAGUUGUUUUAACAAAUAGGUGUUGAUUUAUUAUUGGUUACCAUGCAGUCGUUUCUCACAGACAAGUAUGUCCUGAGUUGUUGCAGGUUCAUCAAUGUUAAUGGGUCUGACUGUGUUUGAGUGUGUUGGUUUGGGAGCAGUGAGGUGUUAGCAUUGCAUGUGCAGAGGGCUGUGCUAAUCCUAAGGGUCAGAUGUGGCAAGGGAGUUGUCCAGAAUUUGCUACCAAAUUACUAAACAGGAUCCCUGAUAUUAAAGGCAGUAAAAAAUAUCCUGGAAUUAUUCUUUAAUAUAACAUUCAGCUUCUACAUAAGACUUCACACUGUAAUUCUCAAGAAAAAGAUAUUUCAAGGCUGAUAUAAUUUCAUUGCCAACUUCCAUAAUACUAUGCUUACCCUCCUACAAAAAGCAAUAAUGACUAACAGCAUUUAAGUAAAGCAGAUAUUUAUGUGAUCCUGUUCUGACUGCUUCAUAGCAGUAAUGAUGUACUGAUUGAUUAAAAACAAACAAACAAACAAAAAUAACAAAUAGUAAGGAUUUUGCAUAUUGCAGAAUUAUGUCAAGUAGAUUAGGUAUUACUUAAUUCCAUCACAUAUAGUGAUGAAAUUGCCCUGAAACCUGAAAACUGCAAGGUGAAACGGCGUAGAGGGAACUGUUCAUUCCUAAAUCCAGUCUGUUGCAUUUACUGAACAAUAAGGGACUGUAACGCUGUAUCCAUGUUGCAUCAGACUCUUACCACUUAAAAUCAGGAGGCAAGAGUAGCUGUUGCUCCAGACUGUUUCAUACUAGGCACAUUGCACAUGUAAAACACAUACUAUAUGCCGCAUAUCUUGCGGUGGAGCAUAGGACUCCUCAGCUGUGUAAUGUCUCCUAGGUACUGGCUGGUGUUUUGUUGCCACAGCUUAACUUGGGUCAUUGUGCUUCUAUUCUAAGGCCAAAGAUAGCACUUAGAGCAAACCAAAGAAAUCAGAAUCAAGUCAAUAUUAAAUAAAAGAUCAGCCCUCAAUAGCCAUGUGUUAAAAAGUAUGUCUAUGAAUCGACUUAAGCCUGUGUUCUCUCAGGAGCUUUUCUUAUUUGAAUAUAAUUAUGCCAAAUUUAUUUUUAGCAUUUUUAAUGAAGUUGUCAUAGGAUGUAGCUUAGUAUAGGAUUAGAUUUACCCUCAGACUGUGAAUAUACAUAGUGAAAGCCAGCAAUAUCUGAAAGAGGCAACUAGAGGUUUCAUGGGCAGCAACUACCUCCAGUCUCUGUAGUACUUCUAACAAACUCAUCUUCCAGAAUUGCACUCCAUGGGUUUUUUAAUAGGUUUCAUAGGCUGUGCCUUUUACCUCAACAGGUCUUUUGAUCUUAGAUGGACAAACAUGAGGGAAAUCAAAAUCAAGAUUUUUCUUAUAAUUGAAUAAAUUAGACAUAGAGACAUAGAUAUUUUAGAUUAGUUUGAGAUAGUUGACUUUUUUGGUUUCUCCUCCUUAGAACAUAGCUACUAUUACUGCAAGGCCUCUCUAUGCCUUCUGAAUGUUUUUUGAAGAAAAGAACACAAAUAGGACACCAGGAGAGGAAUUAAAGGUGUUUGGCAGUGGCAGCAGGUACAAGCAUUAUCCAAAAAAUCUGCAGGCACUUUUUGCUUGCUGGCAUAAGGAGAUUAAUGCAGCUGAAAAGACCUACCUCAAGUUGAUUCCUUCUGAAUGGAGACAUCUGGAAAAUGUGCAUGGAGAGAGUGGAAGCAUAUUGCGUGUUUUCACACAAUUUUUUAGAUUUAUUGUUGGAUCUGAUAUGUUUCCCUGUCAUGUGAGUAGCUGCAGAACAUGAACAAAAUGUUUACAAAUCUCAUUAAGGUUAUAAAGUUUGUUUGCCUCAGAAAAGAAAGUAAUAAUGCUGAUGCUUCAUAUCAAAACCAAAAUUUUUACCUGUUUUUUUUACAUGUUGAAAACAGUGGAGUUCAUCCAAUGCUUUGAUAUUUAUAAGGAUUUUAUCAAAAUAAAAAAAAAUAUUUAA